ACAUGGCAAACCCAAGUACUGAAGAUCAAGAACAACAUGCAGCUUGAUAGACUGCAGACACCUUAACUUUGGAGGCUUCUCAGGAAAAGGAGCCCAAAUGCCUAUCCAAAAUAACAAGGUAGGCAAUGAAGCAUGCAUAAACUCCCUGAAAGUCAAAGAGGAAUGCUCUACAGUGGUGGAAGCACUGAAUAAGGUGGUGGCAUGCUACAGACACUUGGCAGUCUCUGUGGGAAGCUCCUCCGACAGUAAACGUCUGCGCGAUGAAUUGAGACGCACUCGAGAAAGGGCCCAAGAGUUGGCAAUAGGCAACAGGAACAAACUUACAGCAGCUCUUCGGGAUAAACAACUGAGCAAAGAGGACCGCAUGGAGUUAGAGCGCUUGUGGGUUCAGUUUUCCAGUGGCUUAGAGCUUUUCCACAAUGACAUGUGUAAGGUGUAUGAGCUAGGUCUAUCUGUUCCUCUCUCUGCAAACAAUCAGCCAGCGAUACAGACUGGUGCUACAGGCAGUACUUCCGCUAUUGCCUCCAGGGCAUUGAGUGUCCAGAACAUCACCUACGAGUCACCUUCAUCAAAUAACAAAGAAAGGCUGGAACACAAUGAGCUAGAAAAUGAAAUACUGAAGGUGGACCAGAUGAUCACUGACAUGGAGCUCAGAGUUAAUGUUCUAAGGUGGACUGUAGAAGCAACAGCAAAUAUGAAUGAUGAGCGUGAUAACAAUGAUGUCUCCUCCACAGCUUUGCUCUCAGUGGAUGAAAAAGAAAGUCACAACUGCUGCAAUGGGUGCGGUUUAUUGUUUCUUUGAUUGUAUGUGGUGCAACACUAGUAGCUCUCGUAUUUUCUUCUGUUCUGUAAAUGUGAUCUUAAUUCCUGG